AUGGCAACUCUCAAAUUGGUGGUUGUUGGUGAUGGUGCAGUUGGAAAAACUUCAUUUCUCAUCAGUUUCAUCGAAAACAGGUUUGAUGAAGCCUACGUGCCGACGGUCUUCGAAAACAUGGCGGCAAUUGUCGAAGUCAAUGGCGUUGGGUACUCCGUGAAUAUGUGGGACACUGCAGGACAGGAGGAGUACACACAACUUCGCCCUCUCUCAUAUCCUGGUACCGACUUAUUCAUUGUGUGUUACUCCACAAUCCAGUCUAUUUCUUUAGAAAACAUGAAGGACAAGUGGAUUCCCGAAUUACGCACAUACUGUCCUUCUGCACUCAUUUAUUCCGUCGGCCUUAAAACUGAUUUACGAACAAAUCCAGACAUCUUGGCGAAGUUGAAAGAGACCGGACAAAAGACUGUGACUUUAGACGAAGCAAAAGAGUUUAUUAAGAAGAACGGACUUGAUGUACAAGGGGUGUCCGAAUGCUCUGCGAAGACACACGAAGGUAUCGUUGAAGCGUUUCAAACUGCCGUUGGGUUGUUUAUAGAAAAGGCGGAGCAGAUCAACCCAGCGAUAGACAAUACCAAAAAGGGUUGUUCACUCUUGUGA